UGUUAAUGCCACUCUGUCCAAGGCCGCUGUGUUCAACUCUCUCCUUAUUUUUCCUCUCGAAGGAAUAAAAGAGGGGAGGGGAAACCAAUUCAUUGCCUUUGUUGAGGAUAUAUGGAAGACACGAAACACAGAAAGAAAGAGAAGCCGACCUCUUCCAGACAAAUUUUCUGCCUUUCAGGACCAUUGCACCUCACUUCAGUUGACUGGAAUAAUUUUCAUGACCGAAGAUCUGUUGCUGCGAGCUUGGUUCAGGGAGUGUACAUUCUAGAACGAGAUCGCCAACAGAACCACCAAGACCCUCUAGCUCAUGCACCACCUUGGUGGGAUUUCUUCAAUUUCCACUUGGUCCGUAUUCUUGUAGAUGAUGUUGAUAACUCCAUUUUUGGUGCCAUUUAUGAAUACAAGUUUUCUCACUUCAACCACAACUAUUCAGCCCAAAAUUCUCCACAUUAUGUUAUUGCCUUUCAGGGUACAAUAACUAAGUCAAACACAAGGUCUCGUGAUCUCAAGUUGGAUUUCCUGUGCGUCCGUAAUAGACUUCAUGAAAGCUCUCGUUUUCAGCUAGCAAUGCAGACUGUAGAGAGUAUCUUUGUGGUUGCUGGAAAUUCAAGAAUUUGGUUAACCGGGCAUUCGCUAGGAUCAGCUAUUUCAUUGCUUAUAGGUAAAAAUAUGACUAAGAUGGGUUAUAAUGUUGAAGCUUACCUCUCCAAUUCCCCAUUCUUGUCUGCCCCUGUAGAAGGAAUCAAGAAUGAAAAGCUGAAGCAUGGUAUUCACUUUACAAGCAGUGUAGUCAAAGCUGGACUUGCUGUUGCUGUAAAAGGUCGCAAUCAUAGGCCUGAUAAAGAUGAUCCAUUUAGUUCGCUCUCUUCUUGGAAACCAUACCUGUUUGUGAAUCCUGCAGAUUUUGUAUGCUCCGGGUAUAUUGGCUAUUUUGAACAUAGGAAAACGAUGGAGAAGAUUGGGGCCGGAAAGAUUGAGAAGAUUGCAACACAGAAUUCUAUGGGGAAUUUACUCUCAAGCUCGGAGCAAAGGGAUUUCGAAUCACUGCAUCUGAUUCCUUCGGCCUAUCUUACCAUUAAUUUGCGUCACUCUCCGAAUUUCAAACAUGCUCACGGAAUUCACCAGUGGUGGGAUCAAUUUUUUAUUAGUCUGUCGGAACUACAUGAGUACGAUCCUUAUGUAGCGGAUGAGAAGUUACUUCUAAGAACGCUACAUGACAAAAAGUUACAUCCCUGACAUUGGUGUUGGAACUCUGGGUUAUUGUAAUUGGCUUCUUGUUCCCCUUUACCAUGAAGACAUAAACUGGUCGUCUUUCAUACUAUAUAUGAAUCCGUUAGAGCUCGAAGGAGUCCAGUUUGUGAAACAUUAUAUCUACCUUGUGCAUUUGCAGAGGAACUUUGAUAGCC